UGGGAUGCUCAGAGAAGCGAAUAGAAGAACAAGGCUCAGUCGCAAACGACAGUAAAGUUGAUCUUCAUGAUGAUUACACGGAGGCCAGCCGCGAACUGAAAACCAGAUUAAAAAAGGACUGUGAGCGGAUACUGAUUGGGAAUUCAACGAUGGGUCAUAAGGAAUACCUGAAUGAUAUUUACACUGAUCUAUAUGUGGUGCAAAAUGAGACUGGAGGAAGAGUGAAUGACCAUGAGGUGAGACAGAUCGAACUGAAUCUCAAACACGGUGAUGACACACAGAUCCAGUGCAAUAAAAUGUUUGAAGACCAUAUGGGUCGAAGAAACAGAAAGGUGCUUACGAUGGGUAUCGCAGGGGUGGGAAAAACCGUCUCCAUUAAUAAAUUCGUCCUUGACUGGGCAGAAGGAAAGGACAAUCAGGAUAUAUCCUUAAUUUUUCCUCUGCCGUUCCGUCAGCUAAAUCUGAUCGCUAACCAAAACUUGAGUCUCAUGGAUUUGCUUGACAAAUUCUUCUUCAGCAUGCCCUCUCUUCCUAAAGGUGAUGGUAAGGUCAUGUUCAUCUUUGAUGGGUUGGAUGAAUGUCGCUUUUCUUUGAACUUUAAAGAAAAUGACAAAAUUAAAGAUAUUCACCAAAAAACAACAGUAAGUUCGAUAAUUACGAGCCUGUUCGAGCAACACCUGGUUCCCUCUGCUCUCAUCUGGAUCACAUCCAGACCAGCAGCAGCCAGUCUAAUACCCCGUGAUUACAUUGAUCAGGUGACAGAGGUGCGAGGAUUCAAUGAUGUGCAAAAAGAGAAAUACUUUAAAAAAAACAGCAAUCCUGAGGUUGCUAAAAUCAUCUUUCAUCACAUCAGGAAAAUCAGGAGCUUGUACAUCAUGUGCCACAUCCCCGUCUUCUGCUGGAUCUCUCUCGUUGUUCUUCAGCCUCUACUGGCUAAAAACGGCAAUGAAAAAAUGCCCACAACUCUCACGGGGAUGUACCUAAACUUCUUACUUUCUCAAAUGCACCAGAUGCAAAAAAAAUACAGAGAUGAGACCGAAACCAAAUCAGAUUUUGAUCAGAUUGUUCUGAAGCUCGGGGAACUGGCGUUUAAACAGCUAGAGAAAGGACAUCUGAUUUUCUACGAAGAAGAUCUUAAGGAGUGCGGAUUAGAUGUCAAGGAUGGGUCUGUGUUUUCUGGCUUAUGCACUCAGAUUUUUCAGAAGGCUAAUUCGGAAAAAAAUGUUUAUAGCUUCGUACAUCUCAGCAUCCAGGAGUUCCUUGCUGGUCUGUAUGUGUAUUUGAUUUACAAAGAUAAGAAAGCAAACCCAUUACUUCAAUCUUGGAAAGAUAAAGUGGCGUGGACGUUUUCCAAAAAGCCACUGUUUCACCUUCAUAAGGCUGCGAUCGACAAGGCCUUACAAAGUGAGAACGGACACCUUGACCUUUUCCUUCGGUUCCUCUUGGGGCUUUCGCUCGAGUCCAAUCAGAGUGACUUAAAGGAACUGCUGCCAAAACUAAAGCUGAACACGGAGAACGUCAAAGUGACCGCUGAAUAUAUCAGAAUGAAAAUAGAGAUGGAGAACUCGGUAGAGAGGACCAUCAAUCUCUUCUACUGUUUGAGUGAACUGAAAGAUGACUUCAUAGAGGAAAUCCAGAAGAAUUUCGGAUCAGGAAAUCUUUCAGUAGAUAAUCUGUCCUCUGCUCAGUGGUCAUCUCUUGUGUUUGUGCUCCUGAUAUCGGAAGAAACCCAAGAAAUCUUUGAGCUGCAGAAAUACAGAAGAUCUGAUGAAGCAUUGAUGAGACUGCUGCCAGUGAUCAAAAACACCAAAAGAGCGAUGCUAAACAGCUGUAAUCUCACUAGUCAGUCUUGUAAAAGUUUGUCUUCAUCUCUGCAAUCAUUCAAUUCUUCUCUGAGAGAGCUGGACCUGAGUUGUAAUGAACUGCAGGAUUCUGGUGUGAAACUUCUCUCGGAUGGACUGAAGAAUCCAAACUGUCAGCUAGAGAUACUGAGACUGUCCAUCUGUAGUCUCACCGAUCAGUGCUGUGAUAGUUUGUCAUCGGCUCUUCAGUCAUCCGUCCUCGGAGAGCUGGACCUGAGUAACAAUGACCUGCAGGAUUCUGGAGUGAAACUUCUCUCGGAUGGACUGAAGAGUUUACACUGUCACCUAAAAAUACUGAGAUUGUCUGGCUGUAUGGUGACAGAGGAAGGUUGUGGUUAUGUCUCUUCAGCUCUAAGUUCAAACCCUUCACACCUGAAAGAGCUCGAUCUGAGCUACAAUCAUCCAGGUGAUAUAGGAGUCAAGCUGUUGUCUGAACAUCCAAACUGCAAACUGGACAAACUCAAUGUGGAUCAUGGAGGAGAGUUCAGGAUUACAGCAGGACUACACAAAUAUGCCUGCGAUCUUACACUGGAUCCAAAUACAGCAAAUACUCGCCUUGUUCUUAAGAAUAACAGAAAGGUGACGUGUGAGCAUCAGGAUCAGCCAUAUCCAGAUCAUCCAGAGAGAUUUGAUACGGCCCCUCAGGUUCUGAGUAGAGAGAGUCUGUCUGGACGCUGUUACUGGGAGGCUGAAUUGAGUGGAGAUGCCGCUAUAUCAGUGACGUAUAAAGGAAUCAACAGGAAAGGAGGAAGAUAUGACUCUGUGCUCGGAUUCAAUACAAAAUCCUGGAGUCUAAACUGCUCUAAUUACAGCUUCACCGUCCAUCAUAAUGAUAAUAUCACUCACCUAAGUGUCCCUUCACUUCUCUCUAAUAGGAUAGGAGUGUAUGUGGAUGUUUCGGCUGGCACGCUUUGCUUCUACAGCAUCUCUGAUAUAGACAAACUCACACACUUGCACACAUUUAACACCACAUUCACGGAGCCUCUCUAUGCCGGAUUUGUGUUGGUGUUUGGCUCUUCAGUGUCUCUGUGUCAGAAGCAACAGAAACAUCACACAGACGCCUGAUUAAAAGAAAUACUCUCACUUUAUAUAUUCUUCUUUAUAUACAAGUAUGAUGUUUGCAAUAUGGAUGAACUGAAGAAAAGUUAUAUUUAUUGCCAUGAGAUUCCCUGUAGAUUUUUUUUUUAAAUAAACCAU